GACAGCACUGUGUGGCAAUGUUACAAGCAGUUUCUGUAGGUCUCUUGGGAAUAUCUGGGAUUCAGAUGAUGAUAUAUAGUCCUGCUGUGUAACAGUUUGGGAUAUCUUGAAGGUCAGAUUAAAUGACCAGUACUGGGGGCCAAUAGAGCUAUUAAGAGUUUGUUCCUAAGGAAAUCUGUUAAUCCUUCUUUGUUACAUUUGAAGCUGCACACUAUCAUAACUACUCCAUGUGCUUGCCAUAGUCUAGUAGUGUCAGUGUUUUAUCAACAGAUAAUUGAGCUGCUAUAAAAUUUUUUGGAAAACGGAGCUGUGCCUAGCCAUUUUUUGUUUUGUAUGAUUUUUCUUCUAAAAACAAACUGAAAAAAGAAUUAAGGAAAACUUGAGAGAAUUGUUCUACAUCCAAAAUGAUACCCUGUGGACCAGUUCUGUCAUUUGUUCGGUGUCUGUUGCGAAGAAAAAUUGUCACUAUGGACAGUCUUGAGGAUUCCAAGUUAUGCCGAUGUUUAUCCACUCUGGACCUUAUCGCUCUGGGAGUGGGAAGCACUCUUGGUGCUGGUGUUUAUGUACUUGCUGGAGAAGUCGCAAAAGCAGAUUCUGGACCUAGUAUUGUUAUUUCUUUCCUCAUUGCUGCCUUGGCAUCUGUGAUGGCAGGUCUUUGCUAUGCAGAGUUUGGUGCUCGUGUUCCCAAGACUGGUUCUGCAUAUUUGUAUACUUAUGUAACUGUUGGUGAACUGUGGGCUUUUAUCACUGGCUGGAAUCUCAUUUUAUCAUAUGUUAUAGGUACAUCCAGUGUAGCAAGAGCGUGGAGUGGCACCUUUGAUGAACUCCUUGGAAAACAAAUUGGCCAGUUUUUCAGAACCUACUUCAGAAUGGAUUUUUCUGGUCUAGCAGAGUAUCCAGACUUCUUUGCAGUAUGUCUGAUAUUGCUUCUGGCAGGUCUUCUGUCUUUUGGAGUAAAAGAAUCUGCAUGGGUGAAUAAGAUCUUCACUGCUGUUAACAUCUUGGUUCUCCUCUUUGUUAUGAUUUCUGGCUUUGUGAAAGGAGAUGCUAACAACUGGAAAAUAAGUGAAGAAUCUCUCAUAAACCUCACAACACAAACAGGAAAUUAUUCUUCCUAUAAGAACGUGACAAGCAUAUUUGGGGCCGGUGGUUUUAUGCCAUAUGGUUUUACAGGAACAUUGGCUGGUGCCGCAACAUGUUUUUAUGCCUUUGUGGGAUUUGAUUGCAUUGCAACAACUGGGGAAGAAGUCAGGAAUCCUCAGAAAGCUAUACCUAUUGGAAUUGUGACUUCCCUGCUUGUCUGUUUUAUGGCCUAUUUCGGUGUUUCAGCAGCUUUGACUCUUAUGAUGCCAUACUAUCUUCUAGAUGAGAAAAGUCCUCUUCCUGUAGCAUUUGAAUAUGUUGGAUGGGGUCCUGCAAAGUAUAUUGUAGCAGUGGGAUCCCUCUGUGCUUUGUCCACAAGUCUUCUUGGAUCCAUUUUCCCAAUGCCACGUGUAAUCUAUGCUAUGGCGGAAGAUGGGUUGCUUUUCAAAUGUCUAGCUCAAAUCAAUUCCAAAACGAAGACUCCAGUUAUUGCUACUUUGUCAUCGGGUGCAGUAGCAGCUAUAAUGGCAUUUCUUUUUGACCUAAAGGCUCUGGUGGAUAUGAUGUCUAUUGGUACACUUCUUGCUUACUCACUUGUAGCAGCCUGUGUUCUCAUCCUCAGGUACCAACCCAAUUUAACCUAUGAGCAACCAAAAUAUUCUCCAGAGAAAGAGGCUCUGACCGGAUCAGAAAGGGAAUCUCAAAUUAGUAUGCUUCAAGGGCACCACUUCAGUCUUCACACAUUGAUGAAUCCAUCCAGUUUGCCUACAGAGCAGUCUGCCACUACCGUUAGCUUUUUGGUGGGUCUAUUAGCUUUUCUGGUGUGCGGGUUGAGUGUUCUGACCACAUAUGGGAUUCAUUUUAUUGCUAAUAUGGAGCCUUGGAGCAUUGGUCUUCUUGCUGUGUUGGUAGUACUCUUCAUAGUCAUAGUUCUCACUAUGUGGAGGCAGCCUCAGAAUCAGCAGAAAGUAGCCUUUAUGGUUCCAUUCUUGCCAUUUUUGCCAUCCUUCAGUAUCUUGGUGAAUAUUUACUUGAUGGUACAGUUAAGUGGAGAGACUUGGAUCAGAUUUAGCUUCUGGAUGGCUUUUGGCUUCUUUAUUUACUUUGCAUAUGGCAUCAGACACAGUCUUGAAGGUCAUCCUAGAGAUGAGGAAGAUGAAGAUACUUGCUCAGAAAAUAGUGGAAUACAGGAAAAGAACCCUGUGGAAGAAGCAGAUGAACAUACAAAUGAAAACGCUCAGUUUAUUACACAUGAAAGGACAAGUGAAUGUUAAUGUUGCAAACAACCUUAACGUGCAUGUCUCUUAAGUAGUAGUAAACUCUGACCGAAUGUAGUUGCUGAACGAAAUUGUCAAAAGGUAGCUGCCAGCAGAUUAACAGUAAUUUAUAUUUGUGCAUCUUGAAAGUGCCUACCACAAAGCGUGACUGACGUGUUGAACUAGCUGCUAAUACCUCUUGGAUACUUCAGGUCCAAUCACAUGAAGACGUUCUUCAGUGAAAAAUUGAUAUCCCAGGUGAAAACAUCAAGGAAGAUGAGAGGAAGGACAGACUUCCCAGGGGAUAACCGUACCUUUGCUAUGCUAAAAUUUGGGGGUGUUUUGGUUGCACAAUUAUAUACAAUUAAUUGGUGAUGACAAAGUAUAAAGAAUUUUAGGAUUGCUUACAAAAGAGGGCCCUGAACAUUUUACAUUUUAUGAAGAAAGCAACUGCUUUUCAUACGUUCUCCUUAUCCCUAUUUGUUAAAAUACUUUGUCAUGGUCUGAUAGGGUAUAAUGAAUAACAAAGUGACGAUACUCUUUGAUCAUUAAAAUAUUGAAUUCCGUCUUAUUUCUUUACUGGGAACUAAUGGGAGAUUAAUUGGGAGUAGGUCUAGAGCAGUGGUUUUCAACCCCUGGGGUCUGCAGACUAUGUCUAACUAAAGAAAAUAACGUUUCAGAUGCCAGAAAAGGCAUUCUGUUUUUCUGAUCAAUCAAAAGUAUGUGAAUAUGCCCAUCUACAGGUCAAAGCCUGGAAGUGUUACCGUUACCAUAGAAACCCACAGUUUAGCGCCCUUCAUGCGUCAAAUACUGUGCCAAGCACAUGCAACAUUUAUAGUUGAAUUCUGUUCAGUCAGUUUUCAGUGUAAAACUUCUAGGGUAGGGAUCCGUGGACCACAGGUUGAAUUUCAAAAGGGGUCCACACCUCAAUUCAAAAUUUUUAGGGGUCUUUAAAUGAAAAAAGAUUGAAAACCACUGGUCUAGAGAAUAAUCUGGAAAGCUUGUUUACAAAUGAUAGCACAAAUCAGACACUUUUAACAAAGUAGAGUACAGUAUAUUUAUAUCAAAGUAAUAAGGAGAUGUUCAGCUAUUCUUACCAGUAAGCAAAUAUGCAUAAUUCAGACUAUGAAGAUGCUUAUGAGCAAUGAUACACUGUAGGAACAGUAUUCAAGAAUAUUAUUUUGUUUCAUAUAAAGUCACAUCUGAAUUUUUUUCCUUCCAAAGUUACUCCAGGUGCUAAAAGAAAAAUUCAAAAGCAGACUUACUCUUAUUUGCCUGUAAAUCAACUGGGACAUAAUGUGUGGGACAUCAUAGCGCAAAAUCCUGGCUGUACUGAACUCAGUGGGAAUUUCUGUAAUUAGUACUUAUGUAUAGCUUUUAGAAAUGCUUUCUUCUUCACAGCUAAAUUCCCUCUUCCUCCUCGUCCAUCAUAUGCAUAUUGUGUGUGGUGGGGGGAGGGUCGGGUCUAUUUCAUACGUUGCUUCUUGACAAGAAAACAAAUGCCUAUGGUACGAGAGUUCCUUGCACAGAGAGGAGGAGGGUGGACAUACUUGGAGGCAAAGCUUUUAUUUAAAUAUAUUUAUUUUCAAUCCUGACAGGGUAUCUUCAGAGAUGAUAGGAUUUAAAAUUUGAAAUAUAUCUAUUUGCAAAGUCUGGGUUUUCCCCCCUAAAACAAAUGUUUCAGUUCUUUAUUACCCUUUAAAUAAAUAUCAAUGAUAGUAGAGCAAGCAAUCAUACAUAAUCAACACAGUGCACAUGGGUCUGAUGUCCAAAAGCCAGGAAGCAAGUUGUUAUAACAAUAUUGAAUAAUUAAUUUGAACAUAAUGAACGAUAUCUUGAUGGUGUUCUUUUCAAUGUAAAAGCAAAGAUUUGUGUUACCUAUCAAAGGUACAUAAUCAUUUAAAUAUUUUUAGUGUAUAUAGGCUUAAAUAGUUGAGAAGUGUCACUGUUAGUUAUGGAGGAUUUCAAAAUGUGGAGUUAUUUUGCCCAAAAUGUGUGUUAUUAAUUAAAAAUAAGUUCCCAAUAGUAAGCAAAGAGCAUCCGGAAUACUGCCAUUGACUAAAGGAAAUAGGUAGUCCUACAAUCUAAAGGACAAGAUAUCUCAGUGGUUUGAGCAUUGGCCUGCUAAAUCCAGUGUUGUGAGCUCAAUCCUUGAGGGGGCCACUUAGGGAUCUGGGGCAAAAAUCUGUAUUUGGUCCUGCUAGUGAAGGCAGGGGGCUGGACUCAAUGACUCUUCCAGUUAUAGGAGAUAGGUAUAUCUCCAUUUUUUAUUAUUAUGCUGUUAGCUUUCUCCUUUACUCACUGUAAGGCAAGACCCAAUGAACACAGUUUUGACAGGUGUCUUCAAAGACAUAUGUUGUCUGGUAUUAAAAAUCACCUUUAUACUUCUACAACAUCUGGAAGUUACAAGAAGGUGGAAAGCCAUUUUCUAUGUGUGUGCCUGUUAGCAGCAUUGGAUUCUUGCUACUUUUUAGAUAUAACUAGGGUGACCAGACAGCAAGUGUGAAAAAUUGGGACGGGUAUGGGGGAUAAUAGGAGCCUAUACAAGAAAAAGACCCCAAAACUGGGACCGUCCCUAUAAAAUCGGGACAUCUGGUCACCCUAGAUAUAACGUGCACAAACCCUGGUGAACACAAAAAUGUGAAAGCUUCUUGGCACAGAACCAGAAAUGUGUUGAUACUGUACAGGGGAAUUGGUUCUUAAUGUUGAGCUUCCUUUACUCCUCAGUUUGGAUUGGAUUGUGGAUAUGUUGCAGUACCUGGAAUGGAGGGAGGGGUGGAUUUGUGCUGUUGCACCAGUGGCCCCUACUGGCCAUUAACAACAAGAGGUUGCAUGCUGAAAAGAACACUCCCUUUUUUCCUUGACUGGAAGGUACUUGGUUAUCUAAUGUACCCCAGUGAAAUUUCCAGAGGACAGUUGCUGGGAGAUGAGAGCCCUAUUAGAGAAGCAUAUGCAAAAGAAAAAUACCUUCCUCUUACUGAGACUUAGCUAUUAUUGUCCUAAGGAUAAAUACUCACCCUUAUGUAUGGUCAAUCUUGGGAGGGUCUUGGUGUUAGGGACAAACCUGAGGGAAGCUGAUUAGCAAUGUAGUUUGGGUGGGGCGGAAGGAAAAGGGCUAGGAAAGUGGAUGGAAAGCAAACAACCCAACAAAAGUUUGUGUGGGUAGGUAGGCGCAACUCUUAUCUUCAAAGGAAUGAAUCUGACCCUAUUUUAGAUAACAACUUUUACUAUUACUUUUCAGCAAAAUAGAAAUCAAAGUUCAGAUGUUGGCUUCCUUUUUUUGGAAGCAUUUUUUAACUUACAUGAUGGGAUGUUUCUGAGUUAGAAGCAGUUUUAUUUGGAUAUAAAGAAAGACGCUAUUAGACUUCUGGCAUCAGUGGAAAUUCCUUUGUCUCAGCUUUAAGGAUGUUACUACUAACUGGAUUCAAAAUACUAUCUGUAUAGAGGAAAACUGACAUUAUUCUCUGCUUAUAUUUGUUUCUAUAGAAUGUGCAUGUAACUAAUAUAUUUUAGAAAAUGUAAUAGUAUUUACAUUUUAUUAAUCAUUGAUACGUCAAGAGAUUUUAUCUUUUUUUUUUUUAUAAAGUCCACUGAUUUAAGGGAACCUUUGUGGGUAGAGAGACUUGCAGACUUGGGCUCCAUAUAUUUAUAAAAUUUCUAAUAUGAAAUCACAAAAUAUGAAUACCUGUUUAGAAAUCUUAUUAGAUGGUGUGUAUUAUAAUGUUUGUCUUAAUCCCUGAAAUGCUAGGAAUUAUGUUUAACUGUGUGUCAUGGGACAAUCAGUGACCACCAGGAUGGGUUUAAUGUUUUUGUUUUUUUUUAAUGUAACUGCUUUCUUCAGACUUUUAAAAUCACGUAUCAUAGAGAACAGAUUUUAGAUGUAGUUUGAUGGGUCUGUCACUCAUUCAGAAUGAUGCAAUUAAAGGAAAACUCCAGUGACUUAUUACACUGAUAUAGAUAGAUAAAUGUUUACUAAAUAAGAAUAUUAACACAGGAAUUUUCAGAGCUUUUUAGAAAUACUGAUCAGUUUCAAUAUCUUGUUAAAUGAAUGAAAAAAGGAUGUCUGUCUCAGUUAGGUCUAACGUUUCAAUUAUACUUUCCAGCUGGGGCCCAUUUUGAUGCAGAGUAGGACAGAAACAUCAUAUUCACCAUUUGAAAUGAUUAGAAAUACAAGACUCUCAAAGCUUUUGGGAGGAAGCUAGAAAUAACUAUUUUUAGAAAGAAUUUAUUCAGCUUUUUGUUUAAUCACGUUUUUAAGUGUAGAACUUUUUUUUACAACAGCUCUGAAAGUUCAGCAGUUCUGUGACCUAGAGGGAGGAGUCAUUUACUUCAUUGCACUAAACGUGGUUGCUUGAAGAGGAAGAGGGGAAUGUCUGUGUCUGUCUUUAGUCCUUGAUAAUUUAAUCUUUGUAAUUCAGUGUAGCGAUUAAAAUAAUUUCUGUGUUGCACUUCAAUUUUCCUUAAAAGGGACACUGUUAAUAACACUUCUGACUGAAAAGUGUUACCUAUUAUUGCUACCUAAGAUUUUGACAAAUCUUGAAAGACUAAAUUUUUUUUUCAGUUUGUUUAGUUUGUGUGUAUUUGACAGCACUUUGUGUAUAAACAUUUUCCUCUUUUGUUUGCAUAGAUAUUUUCCACAACAACAGGGGAGAAAUAAAGACAUUUAAAAAAUAGUAAAAUGUGAUUGUACAGAUAUCACAGGGGGCUCAGAAGCAAGUAUAGUACCGGAAAUCAGUUUUAACUUAUUAUUUUAGUUGACUUAGUUUCAACUUAAACAUCAUCAGAUAGUCUCAGUUCCGUUCUCUAAUGUACAAAGAUAAUUCUCUGCCUUUACUAUUAGGCAGCAAAGUAAUAUCACUGUAAGAAUCAAGUUAAAUAUAUGCAUUAGGUUUGGUAUCCAGUAUAGGCCCAACACUGCAAGGUUCAAGCUGCCCUCAACUUACUUUUGCCUUGCAGGAUCCAGCCAUGUAAGGGACAAUAACCAUACAACUUCUUACAUGUGAGAGGUGUUUAGAUAGAAAUAUGUAAGAAAUGGUAUGUGGAAAACAAAUACUGAAUGUGUGUGUGCAUGCGUUUCUUUAUAUUUACCUAGAGAUGAACUGAAAACUCUAAUCCUAUGGAAUGAAAACCUAGUCUACACAUUGCUUUUUGAAAAACAUGAUUAAUAGUUAUUGUAACUUGUUCAGUAUCUAUGCAAAUGAUGUAGUAUUGUCAAAAAUCUGUUGUCGCAUGUAGCUUUUAUUUUUAUGGAGAAAGCUAUUGCUAUAUCUGCAUUGGUAGGUUCUGUUGGUGCAAAAUAGACUUAUUCUAUGUAACUGUUAUCAUGCCUAUGUCACUGUAAGUUGCGGUUUCUUUAUUUUAACUGCCAAUAAAGUGUUAGUGGCAAUACAUCAAGGGAUUGUUUUGGCAAUAUGGUUAGGUUAGGUUAGGUAUUUAGACAAUUAUCCUUUACAUUUAACUAAGGGAUUGUACAGCUGUGCUGUGCAGUAGCUGCAAAUAACAUGAAUAAGUCAGACACAACACAGUAGUUUUUAUAGAUAUUUAAUAAAGUCUUAGAUUGUGAAUGAAUAUGUUGUCACCCCUCACCCCCAAGCUGCAUAUGCAGCAGUAUGCCUUUAUAAAGGCAGAAUUACUUUUUAAAGUAAUAGGGCUCUACCAUAUGCCUAUAAUGGCUGCAUACCAUGCAUCCUGGAAUACUCAAAGCUUUAAGCAAAAGAGGUGAAAUCUACCACAGUGCAUUAAGCAAGCACAAGGCUCUGCAUGCCACUUUAGUACAUGAUGCCUUCAACACUGGGAUGCCUUUCAUACUAAAUUAAUGUAAUUCACAUAUGUAUUUACAGAUUACAGAUUUUUUGGUUACAAAUGCUUUAAUGCUUUUAGGCCCGGAUCCUACAAAGGGUACACAUUACAAUGUGCAAUGUACACAUUGAAGUCAGUGGGACUACUUGCAGUGUGUAAAGUUAAGCAUGUGUGCCAGGAUUUGCAGGAUCACAGCCUUACUCCUCAACGGGUUAUUCACAUAAUGUAGGAUACUUAUUUCUGUUUUAGUCUCCUGUAGCUUUAAUAUAUUUCCUGAGAUGUGCUUUUUGAGGGCCUCUUCAUUUUCACAGUUGGCUUUUCCAAAACUAAUUGCAGUCAUGUCUCUUCUUCCCCCCUGAACACAGUUUAUGAUUUGAUUCUAGGAAUUAUUCAGACACUAACCAAGUUAAAGGACAUUUGUACAGGCAUGCAUAAGGCUGAACUGUAUGUAUAAAUGCUGCUUUUUAUUGUCUGCUGGGCAAAUUCUCAUGUCUUUAGAAUGUUUUCACUCAGCCCGUCUCAGGCAAACUCCCACUGAAAUCAAUAUAAGUUGGGCAGAGACUGGGUUAAGGUUAACAGGAUUUGGCCCUGUAUUGCUUAGGAGGAUUUGUUUUCCUUUAGUGUUGGCAGAUUGGAAAGCAUUUAAUAUAUUUGUUUAAUACAUUUUAAAAUUUUGUGUGUUAUCAUUUUUGAAAAUGCUAGUAUUUCUGUCUUUUGGAACUCUGCUCUAUCACUGUUUAUAUGUACAUUGCAGUAAUUAUUUCAAGUGUAUUUUAUUUGCUGCUGUGCAUUUAAAUGUAGAUAAAAUGAUGCAGCUUCAUAUACAAAUUUAGAUUUGUGUAAUGCUUUAGUCUAAAAACCCUAAUUUUUAUUAAUGUAAACGUGUUUAGAAUGUAUGUAAGAAUUAAAAUAUUUUAUGAUGCUUGGGUUUUUCACUUUUGCAAUAGAAUAUCAUCAGUAUUCUUAGUUGCUAUAGAAGUUGUGAUGGAAAUUAUACUGCUGCUGAUUUAUUCACUGUAAUAUAUGCUUUAUAGGACAACAGUCGUGCAUUUGUUCUAUAUUUUUUUAAAUAAAGUUAAAAAUCACUUGCA